UCUGUGAACGCCAUCUUUUCCGAUAUUACAAGCUCCAAGGUUGUUGUUCAUACCAUGGCCUAUAGUGAUGCUGCUGCGGAAGUCCUACAAAGACUGUCAACAGUAACUGGCGGUCAGUAUUCGUUCUUUGACGAGUCGUCCGGUUCGACAGCUCUUGCGGGUGCGGCAGAGCGGCUUCUGAAAGACAUCAACCUCUGCGACGAGGACGAUGAUGAUAUUGAGAUUGAUCGUGGCGCAUUUGUUCUAACGUCAACAAAGACGACAAUCAUCAGAAUACUUGUGAUUGACUCCACCGUCGGUAACAACACACGUUUCAUCUUUACCUUGUCACAGGGUGCGGAAACAGAGAUCAAAAUUGGAGAUCCGUCUGGGGUUGUUUAUAAUUCGAAUUCCAACGAAUACAGCAAUGAUGAGACUUUAAACAUCAAAAGAUUCCUUUUCCCACUGGUGAAGACGGGAACAUGGACGUAUACUUUAGAACGCAACUCUAACACGGACGAAAGCAUAACAGCUGUGGUGACGUCACGCCCAAGGGUUGGCACCCUGCCCUUCAAGGUGGAUACCUGGACCAGCUCUAAGACGUAUGACUACUCAGGAGGUCGUAGUGGAGUCGUGGCUUACGCCUACGUUCACCAGGGAUACGCUCCAAUCGUCAAUGCCUCAGUUGAGGUAGAGGUCUCUAGACCAGGCGACACAUUGAACAUUACUCUCCAGGAUAAUGGCUUACUCCCUGACAACACAGCCAAUGACGGCGUUUACAGCAACUAUCUGCUCGGCUUCAAGUCCAACUCCCGUUACUCUAUGGAUGUGAGGGUGGAGUCGGUGGAGGGAGAGACUGUCAUCAUCAAAGCUGGAAACGCCCUGCCUAGCAGAACACUCUCUGUCUUUCAGAAUACAACACCACCUGUGAGAUAUGAAAAGGUAGAAGCUUUCAGCAGAACAGCUUCUCCAGAUGCCAUAGAUAUAUCUGGCUAUAACCCCACAGCUGACCAGCUGGAUCCAGGACGAGUCACCGACCUUGACAUUGCUAUACAAAACAAACUCAGUCAGACCGUGACCUUGUCUUGGACUGCUCCAGGGGAUGACCUGAAUGUCGGAACAGUUGCCAAAUAUGAGUUGCGCGUCGCGGUGACGUUUGCGAGCCUCAGAGUUAACUUUACACAAGCUACGAUGGUUAAGAACGAAGACUUAGUCACUGGAAACAUGGACCCACUUCCGGCAGGAUCGCAGCAAAUGGUCACGAUCCGGCUACCGAGCAACUGGUCAAGUGCUUUCUAUGUUUUUGGGCUUAAAGCGUUCGACGAAGCCAGUCGCCAGUCAGAGUUGUCGAACCUUCGUUCCAUCACCUUGCAGCCUCUCACCAUUCCCCAGCAAAACCCUGCCCCUGAGCCGGCCAGUAGUGCCACCAACUUCUUGAUAUGGGUCGGAGUAGGCCUGGGAGCGGCCGUCGCUCUUGCAGUUGUACUUGUUGUCAUUAUCUGCAUUUGCACAAGGAAAUCUAAAACUAAGGAAAAUCCGAUAUAAGGCUCUAUGGCAAAGGCGAUGUUGUUUUCAUUUCAUUUUUUAGCGUUCACGUAAUUAAUAAAACAUACAUGUGUAAGUUUGCAAUAUACAUUUUAUCGUCUGAAUUUCCUAAUAAAAUUUCUUCAUAAUAAAGAUAGCAGUUAUCAUA